GGCUCGGUGCCGUCGCUCAACAUCGCCGCCGCGUUGGGCGGCUACCUUGCGAUGAAGGCACGGGCCACAUCUCGCACAUCGAUCGUCCACCUCGGCUCGUCUCUCCACGAUUCCGAAUUUGAACAGGAGAAUUGCGUCGCGCAGACUUGCGCCGUCGCUGGCUACUCGAUGAUUGCGGCCGGAGGUUUCUCCUCCACGCUCCUGGCGCUGAGCCGCGAGGAAUAUUUGGCGAUGGCUGCCGGAGCGGUCGGCGACCAGGCCGGCAACAACGCGGCCGACGCGUAUGAUCUGACGUGGGGCCGCUGCGUCGGUUGGUGCGUCAGCCUCGCCCUUUUCGGUUUCUUCGUCGCGAUUCCGUUGCGUAAGAAGCUCGUGGUCGACUACCAGCUGCUCUUCCCCUCGGGAACCGCCGCGGCCCACCUCAUCCAGAACCUAAACGCGCCCGACGGUGCCGCGUCUGCGCUCGCGCAGUGGACGCGGCUGCGGAGGUACCUUGGCCUCUCCUUCACCUGGUCCGCCUUCAAGUGGGCCUUCACCCUCGAGCGGUGGCCGCUGUUUGGCAUGGCAGCCUUUGAGCGCUACGGCUGGGAGACGGGCUUUCACGCUGGGUACGUCGGCACCGGGCUCAUCAUGCCGCUCCAGGUGUCCCUCUCGAUGCUCCUCGGCGCGGUGGUCAGCUGCGGCGUCAUGGCUCCCUACCUGCAGAACCAUCGUGCGGACUACACCUGUCCGCUGGCCGGCGCGGGCAGUGGCGUCGAUUGCGUCCUCAAGCAGGGCAAGUGGUACAACGGCCAUCUCGAUGCGGGCGGCUCCAUACACGGUCAGUAUGGGUACAAGGUCUUCACGGCCCUCUCCAUCAUUCUGGUGGACGCCGUCAUGAACUUGGUCAAGGUUACCGCCAAGAUCAUUUGCGACCUCCGCGCCCCGGCGGGCAAUGCGUCGCUACCAAGCAAGGCGGCGCAAGCGCCAGACCAAGGCGGGAAGGGCGGCGGCGGCGGCGAUUGCGGGCGGGCCAAGAAUAGCAGCGGCCAUGACGCCGAGAAGGACCGCAUCUUUUGCAGCGAGGCGGUGCCUGCGCGGCUGUGGCUCGGCGGACUCGCGGCGUGUGGCGCGCUGGCAAUGGUGCUGCUGCCGCGCCUCUUCGACGUGACCUGGUACAUGGUCUUCAUCGCGCUGCUUUGCGCGCCGCCCUUCUCGGUCGGCAUCAUCUACGGCACCGGCCUCACGGACCACAACCUCGCGAGCGCCGUCGGCAAGCUCGCGAUGUUUGCGUUUGGCCCAGCGGGGAACGGCUCCAUCACCCCCGCCCUCGUCAUGUGCGGCCUUGUCAUCUCGGUCUGCUCUCAGGCGACGGACCUGAUGCAGGAUUUCAAGGCGGGAUAUCUUGUCCGGGCGCGGCCCCGGGCAAUGCUUGUCGCGCAGCUCGUCGGCGCGCUGUUCAGCUCCAUCAUGGCGCCGUCGCUCUUUGCGCUGUACAUACGCGCAUUCGAGAUUCCGGGCCCAGCGCCCUUUGGCCGCGUUUACCGCGCAAUGGCCAUCGUCGCCACCAGUGGCCUCGACGCACUCCCCGCGCACUGUUGCAGCCUCUGCGCCGCCUUUGCCGCCUUUUCCUUUGCCGUCGCUGCCGCCGCAGAGUCGCCUCGGUGCAGCGCGAUCAAGCCGCUCCUCCCCUCCCCGCUGGCGAUGGGGGUGGGAAUGUACCUUGGGACGUCGCUUGCCGUGGACUCCACCGUCGGCGGGCUGAUCGCCCACCACUGGAGGACCUCCGACCCAGCCGGGUAUGCUGCCUUCUACCCCGUCGUCGGCAGCGGCCUCAUCGCCGGAGAGGGGCUCUGGUCGCUGCCUCAGGUGCUGCUCGCAAUCGCGCGGGUGAAGCCGCCCGUCGCAAUCGGCUUCUCGAGCGGUGGAGCGUGA